UUAAAAUGGUGAGGAGAAGAGUCAGAGAACAAGAAAAUUUCAAGGGAAGAAGACAGUAGUGAAAGAGAGAAAUGGCCACCAUUAAUUUUGGUGGGAUAUCACUCAUGAUGCCAGAGUUAUCUCAUGCUAAUGGAAAAGGGUAUGGGAAUUGUGUUAGUGUCAAGGUUGUGCCAAGAAAGAGACUUGUUUCUGUCUCUGCUUCUGCUUCUGCUAAAUCAAUGGAGUCUUCAGGGAGUGUUACUGAUCAAAAGCCUGAAAUUGAGCUCGAGUUUAUUGGGCCGAAGCCGGAAGCUGAUGGGAAGUAUCCGGUGGAGAGAGCGAAAGCGAUUAGUGGAGAGAAGUUGUUGAGGAACAUCAUGUCGGAUAACAAGAUUGAGCUCUACGCUACCUAUGGGAAAGUGAUGAACUGUGGAGGUGGUGGAAGCUGUGGAACUUGCAUUGUGGAGAUUCUUGAUGGAAACGAUCUUUUGAAUGAAAGAACAAAUACCGAACUCCGGUAUCUGAAGAAGAAUCCUGAAUCCUGGAGGCUCGCUUGUCAAACAAUUGUUGGAAACAAAGAAAACUCUGGCUAGGUUGUGGUUCAGAGGAUACCCCAGUGGAAGAAAUGAUUAGAAGCAAGGCAUGGUCAAUGACUGAAGCCAAAGAACAUUAUGAUGGCUCAGACAAUUCAUGGUAAUGCAGAUGCAGCAUCAAAACUUUACUGGUAAAUUUUUUGUCAGAAAUCUUAGCUUUGCGUGCGUAUGAUCAUGUGGAAUGGUGCAAAAGGAUCCACGUAGCUGACCCCAACUGGUUUGGGACCCAGGCUUGAUUGUUGUUGUUGUAAAUCUUAGCAUUUCAUGCUAAAUCACGUUGUCUGCAUUCGUCAAACGCUUCUCGUAUUCAGUUCAUUGCUUUUGCUGUGCACGUCAUA